AUGGAGGGCGUCAACAAAUACCCCCGUCAAAGGGUCGCUGGACGCGAGCACAUCCCGCUUUAUCCCAAGGGAUUCAUCGCCAUCAGGGUGGUCCAGCUGGUCCUCGCCCUGGUCGUCACCGCCCUCUGCGCCUUCGGCAUCUACCUCCUCCCCUUUUCUGGAAACUGCCUCAUGAUCUUCGUUUCCAUCUCGACCAUGAUCGUCACUACCUGGCUCAUCGUCGCCGAGUUCGGCAUCCCCAAAGUUUACAACUACUGGGCCGUGCUGGCGCUCGACAUCUUCCUCGUCGUCUUCUGGCUCAGUUCUUUCGGCCUGCUCGCCUCCCAGGCCGCGUACCUGCUUGACAGCAGCGCCGUGUGCGACUACUACGGCUACUGCUACAGCUCAGCGCCCACGGGGGUUUACCUCAUCUUCACCGCCUGCAUGGCCACCGCAGCCGGCAUCGGCGGGCUCGAGUUCGCUCUCUUCGUCGCUUCGAUGGCCAUUCACAGCGUCAUGCUUCAUCGUCACCGCAAGGCCGGCCUCCACUGCAAUCCCAUCACUCCCGGAAGCACGCCGGUCGUCGUCACCAGCCACGUCGUGCCCGAGAAGAACGCGGCACAGGUCGCCACGAACCCCAUGUACCAAGCCGCCCAGGGCCAGGCCGCCCCUCCCUACAUGAACCAGGAUGCAGGCUACAAUGCUCAGAUGGUCCCCCAGCAGCAGCAGAUGUAUGCUCCCGCCCCCAGCCAACCGCAGCAGCAGAACUACUACCCUCAACCAUCACCUAGGCCACUGAGCGCCCAGCAUACCGGGGGCUUCUUCGCCCAAAUGCAGCCGGCGCCUGCUGCCGCGCCACCUAUGCCGAACGCUCACGAAGUGUCAGGCAACACGUACCACCAGAAUUGA